CGCCACACCCGCUCUCCGCCGACCCCGACCCCCCCCACCCCAGGCCCCGCCUCCGAGCCCAUGGCCGCGCCGGGACCCCGCGCCUUACGGGCUGCGCUGUGUGGCGGCUGCUGCUGCCUCCUCCUGUGUGCCCAGCUUGCUGUGGCUGGUAAAGGUGCUCGAGGCUUUGGGCGGGGAGCCCUGCUCCGCCUGAACAUCUGGUCAGCUGUCCGAGGGUCCUGCAAACAGCUGAAGCCCUGUGAGCGUUGUGUGGAGGGGAACCGAGCGCACAACCUCUCCGGCUGUGUGUGGGAGCAGUGUCGGCCGGAGGAGCCAGGACACUGCGUGGCCCAAGGGGAGGUGGUCAAGGAAGGUUGCUCCGUCUACAACCGCUCAGAGUCCUGUCCAGCUGUGCACCACCACCCAACUCAUGAACCGAAGAUAGUCACAACAGAGAGCCCCUCGGUCCCUGAGGCCCACAGCCCCAGCUUUGACGGGGCCAGCUUCAUCGGUGGCGUGGUGAUGGUGCUGAGUCUGCAGGCGGUGGCCUUCUUCGUCUUGCGCUUCCUCAAGGCCAAGGAGAGCACCUACCAGACGCUAAUCUGACCCCCUUCAGGCCUGGAUUCCACGCUCAGGGGAAAGAGGAUGAAGAGGCGGCCCCCUUGAGGGCACUUGGGGUGGGAAAAGCUUUGGUCACCAAAUUGUGGCCCCUCUGGACACUGAGCUGGCUCAGGGCCCCAUAGCUGACAUCCCUUCCUGUCCUGGGCCUGGUUCAUGCAGAUGAGAGCAUCCUUCAACCACCUUCUGUCUCAUCCGUCAUCCCUACAGGCCCCCGCCUGGUACUCGGUCUGGGCCUGCCUCUUCCCAUUGACCUGGCUUGGACACUGCCCCCCAAUAAAGGCGCUCUUUCCAGCA